AUGGUUGUUGGACGAAAGCUUCUUCAGUCUUCUCUAGGAGGCAAUGGUAGAAUGAAGGUGGCCAAGACGGUGGUCGUUAACCCUAGUGGUAGCAAUGGUGAUUCCUUUAAAACCAUAAAUGACGCGGUAGCUGCUGCGCCAACCAAAGCAGAAUCCAGCAACGGAUAUUUUGUAAUUUACGUCGUGACUGGAGUUUACGAAGAGUACGUCACAGUCCCUAGCAACAAAUCGUAUGUGAUGAUCAUUAGUGACGGCAUUGACAAAACAAUCAUCACCGGAAAUAGAAACGUCAUUGAUGGUUCCACCACUUUUGCUUCUGCUACACUCGCUGUUAUCGGAAAAGGAUUCAUGGCGGCAAACAUAACCGAGACACGGCCGGACUAG